GAAAGGGCAGCCGGAGUUCCACACUUUGCCUCCUUCUCAACAAAAAUCAUACAAAAUACAGUAACAACACUCCGCAAGAUACUUUUUUGCGCACCCAUGUGUUUCUUUGUCGUCAGAGUUCGAUAGGCAUGUAGCUAGGUAAGUUCAAGCCGUUAGUUCAGUGAACGCUGAGGUCAGCUUACUGCAGGAAGGAGGAGAAGAAGGGGGAAGAAGGAAAACUUCUCGCACAGAGCGGUUUUGGACAGUUUUAGAAGUGAGGGUUGAGAAAAGUGCAAGACUGCAAGGCACCUCAAAAGUACACGACUGACAUCUACAAAAAAGCAGUAAAAGACAUAACUGCGAGGAGAAGACAGAAAAUAUCAAGACACAGAAUAAGAGAACCAGCCCAAGAGAACACGUGUCCCGGCUCCAUGAGACGCUGAGGAAUGAGAAGUCACCAUGGAAGCCCAGUCCCAUGCCAGUUCCGCAGCUGAGAAGAAGAAGAGGGUGGAGACCAUUGUGGCCAGCAGAGGCUCGUCAGGCCGAGCUGAUGUUAGCGAGAAGGCGGUAGCCUCCAGCACCACAUCCAAUGAAGAUGAAAGCCCGGGCCCUCCCUACCACCGCGAGAGACGCAACGCCAUCGUGGCUCAGCCGCCACCUGCCGGCACCGCUGUGGGCAAGCUGAGCGAGGAGCCCUCCACUUCCACGGAGGAGCGCCCCUCGUUGGUGAAAAAGGAGAUGCACGGCUCUCUGCCCCACCUGGCCGACCACGCGCUGCCCUACCGCGGCACACUCUUUGCCAUGGACCCCCGCAACGGAUACCUCGACUCCCAUUACCCUCCUCCUCAGUUCUUCCCUGCCUUUCAUCCUCCAGUGCCGAUCGACGACCGUCACACUCAGGGGCGCUACAUCUACGAGCCAUCACCCGUGCCCCCCCUGCAUGUUCCCCCUUCUCUAGCUGGCAGCCCAGCGUUUUCAGACAUCUCCCUGAUCCGGAUCUCACCUCACCGGAACCCCUCUGUGGGGACGGAGUCCCCCUUCAACCCGCCGCACCCUUACAUCAACCCCUACAUGGACUACAUCCGGUCUCUGCACAGCAGCCCCUCCCUUUCUAUGAUAUCAGCAGCUCGGGGCCUCAGCCCAGCUGACGCGCCCCACACUGGCUUGACCACAGCAGAGUACUACCACCAGAUGGCGCUGCUAGCAGGUCACCGCAGUCCGUAUGCUGACAUCAUUCCGUCUGUGGCGUCGACCGCUGGGGCAGGGACCAGUGCCCUGCAUAUGGAGUACCUGCACGCCAUGGAUGGCUCACGGUUCCCCAGCCCCCGGCUCUCCGUCCGCCCCAGCCGCAAGCGUACCCUGCCCAUCUCCCCGCUGUCAGAUCACAGCUUCGACCUCCAGACCAUGAUCCGCACUUCGCCCAACUCGCUGGUCACCAUCCUCAACAACUCGCGCUCCAGCUCCUCCACCAGCGGCUCGUACGGGCACCUGUCCGCCGGCGCCAUCAGCCCAGCACUCAGUUUUGCCUACCCCCCAACACCCGUGGCUCUGCACCAGCAGCUUAUUGGCCGGCAGCCCGGAAUAGUGGGGUCUGCGUUUGGCCACAGUCCGCCCCUGGUCCACCCAGCACCUGCCUUUGCCACCCAGCGGCUGAUCCCGGGCAUGGCACCGCCCCCGCUGGGGUCCACAGAGCGCAGCAUUGCUCCCACCGACUCCUCACAGAACAAACCAACAAGUGAGUCUGCAGUCAGCAGCACUGGGGACCCCAUGCACCACAAGCGUUCCAAGAUCAAGCCCGACGAGGAGCUACCCAGCCCCGGAGCAGGGAGCGUGCAGGACCAGCCCGAGGGGAUGACACUGGUGAAGGAGGAGGGAGACAAGGAUGAGAGCAAGCAGGAGCCGGAGGUGGUGUAUGAGACCAACUGCCACUGGGAGAGCUGCUGCAGGGAGUUUGACACACAGGAGCAACUGGUGCAUCACAUCAACAAUGACCACAUCCACGGGGAGAAGAAGGAGUUUGUGUGCCGCUGGGAGGAGUGUUCCAGGGAGCAGAAGCCCUUCAAGGCCCAGUACAUGCUAGUGGUCCACAUGCGCAGACACACUGGGGAGAAGCCACACAAGUGCACGUUUGAGGGCUGUGCCAAGGCUUACUCACGGCUGGAGAACCUGAAGACCCACCUGCGCUCGCACACGGGAGAGAAGCCCUACGUCUGUGAGCACGAGGGCUGCAACAAGGCCUUCUCCAACGCCUCCGACCGCGCCAAGCACCAGAACCGCACACACUCCAACGAGAAACCCUACAUCUGUAAGAUCCCGGGCUGCACUAAACGCUACACUGACCCCAGCUCCCUGCGCAAGCACGUCAAGACAGUGCACGGCCCAGAGGCGCACGUCACCAAGAAGCAGCGGGGGGACACACACCCCCGGCCCCCUCUGCCUCCCCGCGACCCCAGCAGCAACAGCCAGAGCAGGUCCCCGGGACAGCUGCCCAUGGGCUUCACCGACCAAAGGGACUACAACCACACUACCUCAAAGCAGGACGAGUGCCUGCAGGUCAAGUCCAUCAAGACCGAGAAGCCCAUGGCGUCUCAGCCAAGCCCUGGCGGUCAGUCUACAUGCAGUGACCAGUCCCCCCUCGGCGCCCAUUCCGGCAGUGGAAUCCGGCUUGCUGUGAGCGGGGGCGGCGACGUGGAGGAGGAGGAAGAGGAGGAGGACGAGGAGGACACCCCUAUCAUGGAUUCCACCGUGUCGACCGCCACCUCCGCCACGCUAGCGCUGCAGGCCCGCCGCAGCGUGGCGCACCCGCUGCGCUGGAUGGAGCAUGUGAAGAUGGAGAGGCUGAAGCAGGUCAAUGGCGUCCUGCCCAAGCUGGGCCCCCACUCCCCCAAAGGCCCCGCCCUGCCUCCCAUCAUAGGAAACGGCUCAUACCCAGUCCAGAGUGGCUGUGGGGGGGUGUCCCAGCUGCCCCCGCGGCCGGAGCUGUGCGGUGCGGAGCUGACAGUGCUGAGCCUGCUGAAGGAACGGCGGGACAGCGGCGGCAGCACCGCCAGCUCCGCCUACCUGAGCAGCAGCCGCCGCUCGUCCGGCAUCUCGCCCUGCUUCUCUAGCCGCCGCUCCAGCCAGGCCUCGCAGGCCGAGGUGGCGCAGCACCGGUGCCACCGCAACACCAGCGCCGCCGACUCCUACGACCCCAUCUCCACCGACGCCUCCCGCCGCUCCAGCGAGGCCAGCCAGUGUGGAGGAGUGGGGGGAGGAGGAGGAGGGGGAGGGGGCGGGCCGGUGUGGGGUGGCGGAGGGACGUGCGGCGGCUCGGGGGGCGCGCUCAACCUCACCCCGGCGCAGCACUACCGGCUGAAGGCCAAGUACGCAGCUGCCACAGGCGGCCCGCCGCCCACACCGCUGCCCAACAUGGAGCGCAUGAGCCUGAAGACGCGCGUGGCCAUGAUGGGGGAGUGUGGGGAGGCUGGCGCCCACCAUGCACUCCCCCCUCUGACUGCGCCGCGUAGGUCCAGCGACGGGGGCGCCAUCAACAGCAAUGGGCUCCACGCCGGCGGCUAUGGCGGGUAUAGCCGCAGGGGACUGUUCCCGCAUGAGCCUCCGGGGAACCCCGAGAGGAGGGCCAGCGAUCCUGUGCGAGUGCAGGGCCCUGCCGCCUUCAGCAGGCCCCGAGUGCAGCGAUUCAGCAGCCUCAACAGCAUGCAGCCGCUGCCCCCGCUGCCCGGGGCCCAGUUCCCCGCGGAGGGGCAGGGCCUGAAGCUGCAGAGCUGCGCACGCUCCGACGGGAACCUGCGCCACGGUCUGCCCUCGCCCUGCCCGCCCAGCAUCAGCGAGAACACCGCACUGGAGGCGCUGGCCAUGGAGGAGAGCAGCCUGCUCAGCGACGAGGACAUGCUGCCCGACGACAUGCUGCAGUACCUCCAUUCCCAGGGGCAGGCCGGACUGUACGGCCAUUCCAACGGCACGGCGCCCAGUGACGGCUCGGGCUCGCUUGACCCCUGCCUCCUGGGACACCCCAGCGACUACGGCCCGCUGUCGGGGCACCGGCUCAGCCAGCCUUUCCACAGCCCGGAGCAAGCGCUGGGGGAAGAGCCUGGCAAAGAGGUGAUGCCCAUCCAAUGGAAUGAGGUGAGCUCGGGGAGCGCCGACAGGUCGCCGCUGAAGCAGCAGCAGCAGCAGCAGAGGUACGGCAGGUGGCCGGGGUCAGAGCACGGCCUCUCCGGCUGGCCUUUGGGUACGUUCAGCAACAUGAUGGUACAGCAGCAGCCAAUGUAUCCCUCUGGCGACUCCAAGGACUGCCUGAACCAGUGCGCCUUUCAGCAGAGCAGUUUCUCACAAAUGGGAUCAUUCGGCGGCAACCAUGGAGACCUAGGUGACGGUAGGGGAGUCACCAUGCUGCACGGGCAAGGGAUGAAGACAGGGAAGCGGCAGUCGUGCAGGAUAAGCUCAGGGAAGUCGGAGGUGUCCUACACCAUGUGCCCAGAGAUGCAGAGGAACAGUUUGCUGCCUGGGCAUGGCUUCUCCCAGCCCAGCUUCCCCCAGAAUCCCCUGCAGACAUCUGCUUCACCACAGGUGAGCUUUCCACAGAGCCACCUCGUCAGCCGCCAGCACAGCAACAGCCUGCUCUUCUCUCGGGCGCACCAGAGCUGCAUCUCCCAACCCGCGGAGCUCCACCUCCAUGGCCAGGCAGCGGCGGGCCCUGCCGUGGCCAGCGGGAGCUGCAGGAGCUCAGGGAAGCAGCAGCUGUACCCGAAGGAGCAGAGCGCCGCCAUCCCGAGCCAGCAGCCCUUCUCCAGGAAUGGGGUAGGGUUCAACGGCUCCCUGUCCCACCAGGUCUCUGGCUUGAAGCUGGAGGCCACGGAAAACAUCCAGGCCAGCUCCUGCACCGCACUGCAGCAGCAGCAGCAGGGCAUCCUCCAGCAUGGGUUUGAGGACCGUGGCAUCUGCUUUGAACCGGCAGAUGUCAAGAAGUCAUCCUUCUCCGACCCACAGGACCCGUGCCUCCUAGAUACGAUGACUGUGGAGCAGACGCUGCCGGCAGACGGCCCGGCAAUUCUCUCCCCGGACGCCGACCAGGUGACCAGCACUGUGGACAGCGGCGUCAGCAUCCUGGACGGCGUGGCGCUUGACUUCGAUGCCAUCCUGGACGACGGGUACGACCACAGCAGCCUGAUUUCAGGCGUCAUUAGCCCCGGAAUCUUCCAGAACCUCUCCCGCAACUCAUCCCGCCUCACCACCCCACGCACCUCUGUCACAUUCCAUGGAGCGUCCGCCGGACUCGGCAACAUGGCCAUCGGGGACAUGAGCUCUCUCCUGACCACGCUCGCUGAGGAGAACAAAUUUCUGGCCCUCAUGCAGUAGCUGCUCUGUCCUGUGGGGCCAACGACAGGACAAA